UAUAUCCUAAAGCUGUUCUAUAAUGAUAUUUUUCACCACCUCCUUGUAUGAAUCACUUUCUCAUUGUAGAUUGUUUGCAAGUAUAAUGAUAUUGCAGGAAAAUACGGCAGCCGGAAAGAAUUGAGUAGGAAAGAAGGAAGGGAGGAGCUAGUCCCCAUUGGUAGGCCCGAAAGAACACUUUCAGCUUUGUCACUUAGCAGGAAGGCAAAGCACCUUAAAUUGGUUUGCCAUCUCCCUUGGUGCAACAUGUACUAGUUCCCACUACCCCUUCUAGCUUCUUCAGGUGCUGUUCCCCUCCAGAGAAAGAAGAAAGUAUCCUUCCAAGCCACCACUUGCUUUGAUUCUUGGGGAGCAUCCAUUCCAUAGCAUCCUCAUAGCCGCCUGCAAGCAGAUCUGAGCAGCUAUAAUAACUCCCUGAUCGGAUCCGCUCUCGUUCCUUGCGCUGAUUUGCGAUGACCGGAGGGGAUUCCAUGGAUGCAAUCAGCCUGGAUGACUGGGAGCUCCUGCCUGACCUCGGGAGCUCCUUCUUCCUGGAGGAGUGCGCUGCUGGUGGUGGUGGUAAGGAUCAGGAUCAGCUCUUGUUUGGGUCCGGUUUGGUCGUGAUCGACAUGGGCCACUUCACCCUCCACCCUGCAUCUCACCCCUCUACCUAUGAUUGCAUCCUAGAUGAAGAAGAUGCCAUGGGACCAUCAGCGCAAGCUGCCUCUGCACGGCAGCAGCAUGAUGUCGAGUUCGAGGACAUCGGCGUCGUGCAGGCCGAGCCGAGGCAAGGGGAGCUCGCGAUGAUGGUGACCGAGGUGACGAUCUCCGGUGCAGAAGAGGAGGAAGAGAUGGUGAACUCCCCUGUUGCCGAAGAGGAAGCUGGUGAGGAGGACGAGGUGAUGGUGGAAGCAGCACCUGAUCAUCUACCCCAUGAGGUGGAAGAAGGUGCGGAGAGAGACAGGGCAGGGAUGGACGCUGCUGGCUUCAGCGUCGGGAAACUGAGGGUGAACGGCGUCGGGGCGCUCUGCUCCUUCGGGGUCGCCGCUGCCACCUUCUGCAUCCUGGUGCUUGGCGGCAGGCCGCAGCAGCAGAGGAAGGUGCAGGACCACAAGUCCCAGUUCCAGGUGUUCGCCGAUGAUGAGAGGAUCCAUCGUGCCGUGGAGCAGGCGUCCAGGCUGAACCAGGCCGUGUCGUCGGUCAUGGGGGGCGCGUCCACCAGGGGGGCGACGGUGUCGUUCGGCGGCCACUACACCGGGUUUUGACGUGCUACGAGAAGCUUCUAGAAUCCGUCGACGCAUCCACGAUCUAAUAGUAUUAGACAUAUUGAUUGAUAUUGAGAUUCUUUAUUUACAAACAUUGGCCAGGGCCCCGUAGCCUGCACGCAUGUACAUAUGCUUCUACUCAGCUGGUACGUAGUAGAUAGCAUGAGUCCACUGUCAUGUACAUUUCCUACCAGCAGACGUGAAUAUUAUUCUGGGUUUGAUUUUCUCCGCGAAA